ACACCUGUGGUUUCAUAUGUCACCCGUCGGUUGGUCAGGUGGCUGGACAAAUUAGGAGUGGCGGCCAAAGGAGGCGUGUCCGUGGUGAUGCGGCAGGUUCUGAUUGGCACAGGAGUGUAUCAUCUUCUAGACGACCAUCUGGAUCCUCUUCCUGACUUUUGGCUCACGCUACUUUACAAACGUGUGGUGGGCUGUGGCGUCCUUCGCCCCGCUGGCUUUUUGGCACGGACAGGACGCGGCCGCGUUCGUCUGUACCUGCACUGCGCCAAAGCCCCCAGGUACACAGAGGGCGCCGUCACGCUGAUUGCCCUCAACCUCAAUAAAAUGGCCGUUAGCGUGAGUAUCCCGAGGUGGCUGGCUCGGGGCGGGGACAUCGACGCCUUUGUGCUGCAGUCGGACCAACCAGGCUGGGACGGACUUUUGUCCAGGCGGGUGACGCUGAACGGCGUCCCGCUGAAGCUGUCGGGUUUGAGCCUUCCCGAGCUGGAAGGACGCCCCCUGGUGGCCUCGGAGCGCGUGGACCUUCCCGCCUUCUCGCUCGCCUUCUUCGUCUUCGCGGACGCGCGACAGACCGCCUGCGCCACCUGACCUUUCUUUCAUCGCCGCCAUCAUCAUCAUCAUCAUCAUCAUCAUCAUCAUCAUCAUCAUCAUCAUCAGCAGCAGCAGCAGCAAAGUAGAAGCUCCGGCUUUUUGUGAUACAAAGCAUCCCAGUUCAAGCUGGAAUGGGCGAAACCUGUAAUUUGGGAUUCGAUUGUACGCACAGCUUUUUUCUUUUUUCACACGAGGAUUUUUUUUUUUUUAAAUUGCAAGGCGCCUAUUGGAAUAAAAGAAUCUUUCACAAUGAUCUAUUCUGGGAUAGA